CGUCGUCGCUGGCCGCCGUUGACGCCGCCGUCGACACCGUCGACACCGUCGUGUCCGUGGUCGCGCGACAGUGGUGAUAUAGAGCGGCGCAGCGGGGGAGCCAUGACUACGCGUGGAGAAUGGGCUCGAUCGCGUCGGUGCUGCAGUGGCAUUGCUCGGAGUGCGCUUUGAUAAAUCCGACGGAGAGCGCGAGAUGCGCCAGGUGCGGGCUGACGCGGCUCAGGAGCGACGAGAGGGCCAGCCUCGAUCGCAGGCAGGACCGUGCCACGAGCGUAGCCGCGGAGCGUAGCGGCAGCGCGCGCCAGGGGGGAGGGAGAGCGGUGGUUGCGGCGCACGCGGGGGAUCGCGCGCGACGCUCGACCAGGUGCCGCGAGGACGGAGAGGGUCCCGCGAGGGGGGAGGCCUCCUCCGGGGAAUCGACGCCGCCGACGCCACCGCCGAGGGCAGACAGAUUGGCGCGCAACCCGACGGAGACGGUCGGUCAGUCCCGACGUCCCGCUUCUCACGGUUUUGAGAGACACUUGUCUGCAGCCGACGUUAGGAAGAAUUCUCACUGCGGCUUGUUGGGUGGUAAUUCAUCCGACAGGAAACCACUGAAGCGUUUUUCGUCCUUACCUUCUUUAGUCACACAGUGGACUUGUAUUCGAUGUCUAUUGGACAAUAAUUGCAUCUCACCGAUUUGUGCGGCUUGCGAUGCUAGUGCGUCGAUAGCUCAAAUCGACGGAAAGCAGAUUGGCGCACGCAAGAGUAGAAAGAUUAAUCUGUACAAAGAAAAUCGUCUUAAAGUCACGUCUAGACUUUUGGCCAACGUCCUAGAUGGGGGUGUUAGCAAGAGUGGCUCCGGUAACGAUGGUAAAAUUAAUAUUACAGGCAUGGCACAGUUGACAAGCAUAAGCCGAAGCCAAAGAGGAAGAGGGCACCAUAAAGACUGGAUCUUGCCGUCAAUCGGAGCAAUGGAGUCCACUACGCUUCCGUUCACAGAUAACAGCGAUACCUCGCAACGUUCUCCAAAACGACAUAGUCCUUCUAUGUACGAGCGGGUCAAGUCUAAAGUCAGUCGUUCGCUGUCGAACGGUUCCGUUGUUCAAAAAUUAUCGGAACACAUGGUACAACGACCUACGAGCCUGGUGGUGCCGGAAGCGCGUCAAGAUGACGGCUUGUGGAGCUGCGACAAUUGCACGCUGGACAAUGCGCCCGGUUUGGAGCAAUGCGAAGCGUGUGACGCCCCUAGGAGUCCCGCGCCUUGCAGCGGAGUGGUUAUCAGUGUGCCGGCUUGGGUACCGCGCGCGUUAUCGUCCGCCGGACCCUUGUCCUACAGAAGAUCCUUCUCGGACGCCGAUUCGGUCGCGAAUGUGACGCAGAAGAAGACUGUUAACCGUAGGAGUUUGAACGACGAGGAACCGCCUGCGGUGCCGCCGCAUUCCAUUGGCUUCAACUCGAGACCAAAGUAUUCCUAUAUUGGGAUUACGGAUCCCGACAUACCGCCGCCAUUGCCAAAGAAACAGAGCAGUAAGUUAGGUCUGGUGCCAACGAAGGCGCACAGCGAGGCGACCAGCCCGGUGGGCGAGGUAUCGAAUGUGAGCCCGCUAAAGCGUAUGUGGACCUGCAGAAAGUGUUCUUACGCGUAUAACCCACUGUGGUCAAGCGGUUGUGACAUCUGCGGUUCGUCCCGAUCACCCCCGUCGUUAACGCAGCCCAGUUUGAUAACUGUCACGAAGGACACGAGUAGCUAUCCGACGCAUGCACAAUCCCCGAUCGUGGUGUCGAGGGAUAGCGUCAGAUAUAUACCACCGAAGGCGGCCACUCUAGCCACAGCGGAAUCCGAUCUGGACGAUCAGAUCGAUCCGCCGUCACCGGUGUGGACGUGUAAAAAGUGCACUCUGCUGAACCCCGCGUCGAGAACGACGUGCGAGGCUUGCUGCGGCUCGAAGUUGAAAAGCAUCAUGCAUCUGGAGGAUGCCACUCUACGAAAGGGUGAGAGUUGGGUAUGCCCAUCGUGCACGCUGAGGAAUCCGCUUUCCGCGCAAAACUGCAACGCCUGCAAGACGUUAGCGGACUUCCUAGAGGUCCCGAAAGACAAUAGGGCCCUUGGCCAACGGAGUCCAAGCCCAAGACUCUGUUCAACCCCGACGAAUUCCAAAGCAGUUACUCCGAGGCAUAGAAAUUCCGUAAGAAGAAACGGUUCGUCGGUAGGUGAUAAAAGGCAUUCGAGGACUAGAGAUCCUUCACACACUCAAUGGCAAUGUAAAUUGUGCACGUAUGAGAACAAGAGUACAACUGUUAUCUGCGAAAUGUGCCAAAGCUCGAAGUUGCUGUCCCAAGUAUCUGGAGACAGAGGGAUACCUAGGCUUCUCGAGUCGGGCACUAGUACUCUUAGAAUACAGCGGCAAGAGAGCGUGGUGAUGGAAAAUCUUAGACAGCUGGAGGAAAGAGACGCGCUGGAGAAAUGGGAGCGUAUUGUACGAUAUUGCAAGGAGACAAACGAGCCAUUCGUCGAUGAUUCGUUUCCGCCUGCUCCGAAAUCCCUGUACUAUAAUCCCGCGGAUACGAAAGAUAAUCAUGUCGUCCAGUGGAGAAGACCACACCAAAUUAACGUGGACUCAAGUGUCGAUUCUAAACUGCCUUGGGCUGUCUUUAGGACACCCCUACCUUCUGAUAUCUCGCAAGGUGUCUUAGGAAAUUGUUGGUUACUGUCGGCUCUGGCUGUUUUGGCCGAGAGUGACGAGCUCGUGAGAAGAGUUUUGGUCAUGAAAGAGACAUGCCCCGAAGGUGCUUACCAAGUUAGACUGUGUAAAGAUGGAAAAUGGACGACGGUGCUCGUUGAUGAUCUAUUACCCUGUGAUAAGAGAGGCCACUUAGUAUACUCUCAGGCAAAAAGAAAACAGCUUUGGGUGCCGUUAAUUGAGAAAGCAGUUGCUAAAAUACAUGGCUGUUACGAGGCCUUAGUGUCCGGCCGUGCUAUAGAAGGUCUAGCGACAUUAACUGGUGCCCCGUGUGAGAGCGUGCCUUUACAACCUUCAGCAUUGCCAAGCGAAGACGAACUCGAUAGGGACCUAAUAUGGGCACAACUCUUGUCCUCGAGGCAAGCUAUGUUUUUAAUGGGUGCUAGCUGCGGAGGCGGUAAUAUGAAGGUUGACGAGGAGGAAUAUCAACGCAAAGGUUUAAGGCCGAGACAUGCAUAUUCUGUCCUCGAUGUCCGUGAUGUACAGGGAAUACGGUUAUUACGACUACGCAAUCCUUGGGGUCAUUAUAGUUGGAAAGGGGAUUGGUCGGACGACAGUCCUAUAUGGACUCCGCAACUACGAGAGAUGCUUAUGCCGCAUGGUGCUUCAGAUGGCGUCUUUUGGAUAUCCUUUGACGACGUUUUAAAGUACUUCGAUUGCAUUGACAUCUGCAAGACGAGAGUCGGAUGGAGCGAAGUGAGAUUGCGCGGCACUCUCCCUCCAUUGUCGUCCCUCAGACAUUUGUCGUGUGUCCUUUUGACAGUAUUAGAACCCACCGAAACGGAAUUUACGCUAUUCCAAGAGGGCCAAAGAAAUUCAGAAAAAUCGCAACGUUCUCAACUGGACUUAUGCGUAGUAGUUUUUCGCACGCGAUCUCCAGCCGCUCCAGAAGUCGGUAGAUUAGUGGAACACAGUAAGCGGCAGGUACGCGGCUUUGUCGGCUGUCACAAGAUGUUGGAGAGAGAUCUAUAUAUCGUCGUAUGCCUAGCCUUUAAUCAUUGGCACACUGGAAUGGAAGAUACUUCUAGUUAUCCGGAAUACGUUCUUGCUAUUCACAGCUCAAAGAGACUUCUCGUCGAGCAAAUAUCACCACCUGCUUUUGUCUUAGCCGAUGCCAUUAUAAGUCUAACAUUGGCUAAAGGACAACGGCAUGAAGGCAGAGAAGGCAUGACUGCCUAUUAUUUAACUAAAGGGUGGGCCGGUUUAGUGGUAAUGGUUGAAAAUCGUCACGUAAACAAGUGGAUUCACGUAAAAUGCGACUGCCAUGAAAGCUAUAACGUCGUGUCCACGAGAGGACAACUCAGAACUGCCGAUAGUGUUCCUCCCCUUCACAGACAAGUCAUCAUAGUUCUAACGCAGUUGGAAGGUAGCGGAGGUUUCUCAAUAGCCCAUCGACUUACGCACAGAUUAGCUAACAGUGGAAAUUUGCACGAUUGGGGACCGCCUGAUACACAACAUUGUCCUCAAAUUGAUACUCAGGUAGAAGGUUUGCACAGUCCUCGCUUAAUAACGUGAAGAAAGGAACACAAAACGAACAGAGGCCGUUGCUCGAGGAAAGGGUUGCCGACUGUAUUCAGUAACGAUUUUGGUAACGUCGAGAAAUUGACUGGAAAGAAACCAAAGCAAGCUACAAACAUUUCAGCGUACUAUAAAACGUUCUGAAGAACAUUAGAAUAUUUCUUGUGCUUUCUAGCCAAUGAUACUCCACGGAUGCUCUUAGCGUUACAACAUGCUCAGCAUUGGACGUAAUACAAUAAAUAACAAUUAACGCGUACAAUGGUUCUGGACUCAGUGAAAAAAAUACUUUUUUUCGAAUAAAUAGUGAAUCAUGCACUUCGCGCGCGCUAACGAGGAAAAGGAUGAACCUAAAAUAUAUAAAAAAAAAGUAAAAUAAAACUUACGUGCAAAUUAAGUGUUUCUGCUGGAACCAUUGAGCCCCGUAAAGAAGACUUAUGGAAAAUUGAAUAUUUAUGAAGAAACGAGUUGAACAUUUUGCUUGUUAUAAUAAACGAAAAAAAAUUAUUUUCUCAACUUAACAUUUAAGCAUCGUAAGAGAGAUGACAAAACCUAAAAGAUUACAUAAUAAUAUAAUAUAAAAUGAAAUCAUUAGGAGACAUUAAAAUGAUUAAAAGAACAAAAGGAUGUGUGUGGAACACCGUACACAUUGUUUUUUGGAAUUGCUUAGAAUGUACGAUUACGCGGAUCGUGACAUUUUCAAUUUAACCAAUGUUUACAUGCCGAUCCUAUUGCUGUAAGGCCGUAUUUGAAACCCGCAUUUAAGAGAACUUGGAUUCUUAGUUCCAUUUAAUAUAUGCACGAUGUAAAAAGAGAAGUGGCUGGAAUCUCAACACAAGGAUAUGUAUCGACUGUAGGGUAGAAUGUUUAUUUAGACUUUGUUGUUUCCAUCUCGCAACUGAAUGGAGAGCUUGUGCUGAAACGGAUGUAGCGUGUAGCUACGGAAAGAAAGAGAGAGAGAGAGAGAGAGAGAAAACCAAAGGUCUCUCUUGAAACUUUUAAAAGUAUCUCAACGCGUUCACUGCCAUUCUAUGCAAUGUAUGUAUAAAGCCUACUUUCGCUUCUACUGUAAAAUCGCUUACUUAGUUGAGGACAGAAUUAGAGAAUCGUCGAUAAUACUCCGUGCACACUGAUUACAUUCUUUUGCCUCAGUAAAUAUGUUGCAAGAUACAUGCGCAAGCAUGGCAGUCAGCGGGUUAGACAUCGUUAAUUCUGCUUUUACGUGAAUCUCAAAAAGAAAUUUUCAAAGUGUUUUUUAUCGUUCGUCCAUCCAGUCGAUAUCGAGGUCAUGAUAUCAAUUCCUUGAGGGAAAACCUGAUAUUUCCGUUUUAAUGUCAAACUGCCAUAUUCCAUGUUUUUAGACAAUGAUUGAUUGACACACGCGUUUGACAUACGUCUUUGAAAUGCAAUUAUAUCGAAUCAAAAAAUUAUCUGGCGCUCUCUAUAUACAUUGAAUGUAGUGAUGCGACAAUACGCGAUGCUGUGAUCAGCCAUUGAUGCUUUGAUCUGAAACCGGAAACUGUAUUAAGAGAUCUUUUAUUUAACUGACUGAAGCUACAUAAUGAAUCAUCAAUAGUACUUCAAUUAAUAGUACAAAAUUCCCAUACACCUCGAAUUUGUUUGAAUUGUUCAAAUGAAUGGGCUACAUAGUUAUAUAAGUUCUAUUUUGAAGAAUAUUUUUAAAAUGUGAAUUACAAUGUCACUAUCACUUAAAUGUCGUGAGUAUAGUUCUUGCCGAGUCAAACGAUUAGUAAAGAUUCACAUAUUGAUACACUUUUACAUGUACUUUUUUUUAGUUUCGCCUUAUAUCGCAAAUCGCGAUUCGACUCAUAUGACUGUCUCCGAUAAGGUAAAGCGCAAACGAGACAUUCAUUCCCCUAACGUUGAUCUCAUAACAGCAGGCCGAAUUGUCUUAGCGAGGCCUAAGUGUUAGUAACUAGUUUUAAGGGUUUAAACGAAGAGCGAAAAAUUUGUAUUGACGCACGUUGACUGAAAUACGUCCACAUAAUCGGUCUUUACAGUGAUGCGCUAAACAGAGUUCAGUAAACUGUUCGUUAAUAAAAUCGAUUCCCUCGUGAUGGUUCGCGACUUAAACGGCUGUUUUAAUACCGGUCAAAUAAUUAAACAUUGGAACCUACGAACCUUUGUCUACGAACGUCAUUUAACUUGUCGAGACAUUCGAGGGAUUUAUUCUUUACGUGUACUCUUAGUAUCUGUAGUAGAUUCUUGCAUUUGAGUGGCCUUUGUUUACAAGCAGAGAUAAUAGUUUCGUAAAUAUAAGACGCGGACUACCAGAGUUGUGCGCUUCAUGAAACUGGGCGAUAAAAUGUUCUUUAAGUACCAACGAUAGCGUGGAUGUGAGAAAAAGAAACUAAGAGAGAGGGGGAGAGAGACUUCCUUUUCUCGACAUUGUCAUACGACACCCAUGGCGAAAUCGCAAUCUUGAACACACGCAGAAAAACUAGAGGAUCCUCGGUUUUUUUUAUACCAAGUACGAGAUGCAUUUACGCGAGCAUUAGUACCACGCUGAUAUAUACAGUGCCAUAUGACGUCGAUAACGGCGAGGUAUAUCCCGUGUGAACGGACGGCGAGCGUUUCCCGACGAUGACCGUACAUUCGCAUGUCGCAAUGUAACAUUGCAAGAGCGUUUCUCCCCGCGGAAUGAGCAAACACAAAUGAUCUAUUUUACAUAUUGCAUAAUCACCGAGGCUAAAGCGUUCAGGCGUUCCCGUUUUGCGGCGCUGUAGAACCGCGUGUACUGCGCUGUUUGCCGAAGCGGUGAAUGAAUAUUAAUUUAUUAGCGGAUGCGCGCGGUGUCCGAGGCAUGCGUGUUUUAUUUUUACUAUACGCACUCGUAGGGGCAAAACCGAUGCAAUUCCGCGCGACGUAGGGAAAUCCGCGGGAUCUCGUCGACACGUCUUGUUGGGAAAUCACGUGUAGUAUCCUUGAGAUAUAUUGCGUGUAAAAGAGAUAUCUUGGUAAUAUUUUUAAAAUAUACUCAUGUAACUAUCGUAUACACACGUCUACUGAGUAUACAUAUAUUUUCACUAUAUAGGGCCCAAGAUAUUCUCAGAAUGCAGAUUGAAUUUCCUCUUCGUGAUUGCUAUGUACAUUUUAUUGAGAUAUCUCCCGAUGCAAGAGAGAGAGACAGAGAGAAAGAACAUUUCAGUAAUUUACAUGUUCGGUAAUAUUUUAAGAAAAUCGACUUGCAUAUAUCUAAAUACAUUCAGGAAGACUUUAACGCAUCCCGCAGAUUUUCAUUGUCGCGCAGAAUAAUAUCCGUACAUACAGAAACUACGACGACCGACGUUGCUCUGCAGCUUGAGAAAAUAGGGAACGCCAUCGGUUGUUCUAGUUUCGCGAUUUUGAUAUAUUUUGAUACAAUGGAGAAGGCAAAGUUCGAUCAUCGCCGUUCUGUCAAACAAUCGCCGCGAAAGAUCUGCACAAGCUAGAAGCGGACAAGAUGUAUUGUACAUUUAAGAACAGUAGCUCAUCGUGCGUUUAGCGCUACGUUUUUCUUUCGCAAUCUGUUUUUAUAAAUAAGAUUGAGAAAAUUGUACGUUUAUAUACGUUCGAAGCCCGUUGCGCCACCGAUCUUGGCACCGUUCGCGUCAAAGAGCUUAUCGAAAUUUCCUUGUCAACAUUUCCGUAAUACGGAAGCGAGGCAUAAAAUUCGGCGCGACUGAGCGUUAUCGGCAUAAUUGAUUCCUAACGCUAAACGCUAAACGCACGGCGAGAGUGCAGGCCUACGUAAGCACAAACACCCAAGAGGAAGUACCAUUUGUACAUAAAGAGGAAUAAUUUAUUCUAUUUAUGGUAGAGAGAGAGAGAGAGAGAGAGAGAGAGAGAGUGGAGAGAAAAGAGGAGCCGGCGAGGAAUCGCACACUGUUAUGUUAUAUUUUUGAGUUGUUUUGCAUGUGCUUCGGUGUCUCUGUCACACGCGGCUGCGAGCCGCGCGGUGAGUUCAUAAUGCAUUCUAUAUAUAAAUAAAUAAAUAUAUAUAAAUAUAUAUAUAUAGCGCAGUUAGAGAGUGAUAUACUGAGAUCGAGAUACGACGAUGACGUGCGAGGCGUAAAUGUCCGUUUGGAUGGUCCCGCGCGUCGGCGGCACGCGAAUCCUCUCCGGGGAGGGAAUUUCGCGUUUGCCAAUUAUCACUUAAUUAAGUUUGCUUUGAGCACGGCUCAUUCGCGUGCCGCCGCUCCGCGAGCGCCGACGGAUCGCUUUACGGACGGUCGCACGUCCUCGCAGAGUACCUAGGAAUAUAUUCUUAAUAUGUGAAGAAGAUAUAAGAAUUACACGGUGUCUCGUUGUAUUUGUAUAAUAAGGUGUAAAGAGAGAAAGAGAGAGAGAGAGAGAAAAAAAAAGAAAGAAAAAAAACGGAAAAAGUGUCAUUCUCAUGGUCAUUGAGCGACUCGUACUUCUUAAAUGAUGCUACACGUACAGGGUGCAUUCUAAAUUGCGUUAACGCGGCGUCAACUGCGUAUCCGUAUUUUCUAUCUUGACAUGAUGGAAUUGGAACGAUCGACUCCGGCGUGACUCUGUGAUUCGGUAAAAAAGGAGAAAGGAAAACGACGUCGAGAAUUUUUUUAAGGAUCAACCUCGUAAGAACCGGAAUGUUUCCGAUUAAAAUUGGAAUUUAUGGGUUCUGAGAGUUCGCUUCGGGCUAUAAAUUUUGAUACGUGGUCGAUACUCACAUCUCAAGCGUGCCGAUAUAUUCUAAUGUCAAGCCGACAGCACGAUAGCACUGAUUUUCCGAGUUCCAGCGUAUCGAUCUUCGCGGUGGAAUUGAAAAUCGAUGCUCGCGCGAAAUAAGUUAAGCGAGAGAACAGAGCGGACUCGCGGAAAUGAGGGUGGAAAAAAUGUGACGGAUUUAAAUCACGUUUCACGCGUAUCGCGGAUUAUCGACGGCGUUUUCCAAGGGAGAUACGAUCGCUACAGAGAAUAUUGUAAAGAAUCGGGCACGGUACGUGGAGGUAAAAAAAGAUGCUUUUGGACGUGUUACUUUUUAUGUCGUUCAGCUCGCGGCUGUGAUCAUUUUAGAAACACCCAUGUACGAACCCGAACCAGCAAUCAACUUUGUGAUAGUCUGUGUACCGAAUCUGAUGAACAUCGUUAAAUUAAUCCCAUCUCCUAUAGGUAAGGUGUAAUAAUUAUUAGACUCUCAUCACGUACACGCAAAGGACAAAACAUAUUUACUACAUCAUAAAGUGAUAACGAGAUUGUGUUGUUCCCUGAUUUGUAUCAUGUAGGCACGUUUAAUAAUAAAUCGAAAUAUUAUCUA